AACUCUGUGAACACCUUGUUUUAGUCCUCUCGUCGAUAACGCUAAGAAUAUGGAUGUGUGCUCGGGCGGAAAUGUCAGCCACGUCAGACCAGGCUGUUCCCGUUGGUGAAUGUUACACACAUCGAAGGGACACAACUGGUUAUAUGGAGGAUCACUCAGAACGUCAAACUCUUUUACACUCACCAUGCUGGGAGAAAGACCACUAGCAAGGCCAUCCAAGGCCCGUGGAAAUAGUUACCAGUCAGAGUGGGAUGACGUUCUGCCUGUACCCAAACUCAGCUUCUCUGUGGCAUCUGUCCUCGUCUUCUGUCUGGCGGUACUGUGUUUCGUGAACAGCCACGAUGGAGACUUUGUGUUUGACGACACAUGGGCCAUCACCAAAAACAGGGAUAUCUUACCUGAAACUCCACUCACCGCCGUAUUUGCUCAUGAUUUCUGGGGACAGCUGUUGGACGAGAAGAGUCACAAGUCCUACAGACCACUUACCGUGAUGACCUACAGGUGGAACUACGCCUGGGCAGGUGGCCUUCAUCCUCGGGGCUUCCACGUUGUCAACAUCGUCCUGCACGGCUUGGUGUCGGUCAUCUUCCUGGCAGUAUUCUCUGUCCUCAUGUCUGGUUACCAGGUGGACCAGGAAUCUGCUAGACCGGUUUUUGCUUCGCCCCGAGCUGCUCUCCUGUGUGCUGUGUUGUUUGCUGUGCAUCCCAUUCACACUGAAAGCAUUGCUGGGGUCGUGGGUCGGGCUGACCUGCUCUGUGCCUUGACCUUCCUUCUGUCAUUUCUACUGUAUGCAAGGGCAUGCGUCUCUUCUUCAUCUCUGGUGAGUUACCGUCCCGAGUCCUUCUCCCUGGUGUCUGUACUGGCCAGCAUGUGUCUGUGUGUCGUGUCCACCUUCUGUAAGGAGCAGGGCAUCACUGUCAUAGGUAUUUGUAGCGUGUUUGACAUCGUCGUUGUGUGUAGAGUCGACCCUUUCCAGCUGAUGUCCUUAAGAAAACAUCACAUCAAGAGCAAGCCAAAAUGGGUUUUGAGUUUCAUCAAACGUCAUCUCGUCCUGUUACUGACUGGCGUGAUACUCCUCAUCAGUAGACUAUGGAUAAUGAGAUCAUCAACACCUAACUUCUCUGUGGAUGAUAAUCCACAUACCAUGGUCAACGGUACACUAUUGAAGAUUUUAAACUACAACUAUCUCUAUGCAAUGAACUCCUGGCUGCUGUUAAAUCCAUGGUGGCUGUGUUUUGAUUGGUCGAUGGGCUGUAUACCUGUCAUCACCUCAUUGGCUGAUCCCAGAAUACUGGCAGUCAUGGCUCUCUGGACGGGAUGUGGUGCUUUGUUCUAUCACUGUUACCAUGGAGAACUCACUAGCUAUCGCAGGAUCCUGAUAGUUUCACUAGCCACGUUGGGAGUUCCCUUCCUGCCCGCCAGCAACCUGUUUUUCCGUGUGGGCUUCGUGAUCGCAGAGAGGAUCCUGUACUUGUCCUGUGCUGGCUUCUGUAUGUUGGUGGUGCUCGGGGCAAGGCAGAUCUGUCAUCAACUACAACAACAUUGCAUGGCAAAGAAGGUAGUGUCCGGAUGGUUUGUGCUCCUCGUUGUGGUAUUUUUCUUACGGUCAACUGAGCGCUGUAAGGAGUAUCGAGAAGAGCUGACCUUGUUCACAUCUGGACUGAAGGUCUGUCCAAUGAAUGCAAAGGUCCACUACAAUCUUGCUAGACUGCACACUGACAUCAACAACACUGACAUCGCUAUCCAUGAAUUCAGGGAGGCUUUGAAAUUAAAACCGCAACAUGUCGGCGCAAUGAACAACUUGGCCACCAUCCUCAGAAAGAAAGGUGCCUUGGUUGAAGCAGAAGAGCUGCUGGAAAGAGCUGUCAGUGUCAGGCCAGACCACGUGGAGGCCUGGAUGAACCUGGGAGUUCUACAGGCAGAGUUGAACCAGACCGAAUCGGCCGACGCCAGCUUCCGCAAUGCUCUCUUGCACUGUAAGGUGCACACGGACUGCAUGUAUGACCUCGGCAAUCUGUACUGGCACCUGGGACGCCACACAGAAGCCAUCGACGCCUUUCACAAUGUAACACAGGGUGCACCAACACACACUGCAGCCUGGGUGAAGUUCCUCCAGCUUCUCGAUGUUCUAGAGAAAUACGACCACGCUAUUGAGGUUGGAGAGAAGGCUCUGGCGGUAUUGAAAUAUGAACCAGAGUUGACGUUUCGCCUGGCUAAUAUUUACCUAAAGAAAGAUAAGUACAAGGAAAGUGAGAAGCUCCUACUUGUGGCUAUCCAGCGAGACCCUCAGAAUCCGUAUCUACAUCUAAAUCUAGGUGUACUAUACUAUCGGAUAGGGAACAAUGAGAAAUCGGAGAAGGCCUACUUGAUCGCACUGAAAUUAGCGCCAAAUGACCCGCUCAUCCUGAAAAAUCUCCAGGCACUUCACAGAAAGAUGGGGAAAAUCCCACCUGUCAGUCAAUUGGUUAUGGAAGAUGGGAAAAUAAUAUAAACAAUGUUUAUCUUGUAUUGCAGUCGACGUUUUGUAUGGUCUUUGAUCCUUUAUAAUAAAAUCAGUGAAUGUUA